UUCGCCUGGUUAUCGAGGUUUUCCAUCAUCGUCCGUUAAUGAACCGCUAGAAACGCCAAUAUCUGAGGGAACAAAAAAUCAUAGAAAUUGCGAGUCAGUCAAUGAAAGGGACCCGUCGGCUUCCCUGAUUAAGAAAGAGGAAGGACACCGUUAUACCUAAACCAGAAACCUUCACACUCCAGCAACAUAACCACGGCGUCGUUUCUCAGUUCUCUUAACCGGCACGUGGCAUUUAGGUCAAGCACUACUGUAUACCACACCAACUCGUCACAUUAACUCAAGACGCAGAAGAACAUUUUUCUACAACCACCGGUUCGAAAGCUCUAAAUAUCCGAUCAAAUUCUUUCCCUCUCAGUUCCGAAUUGCGUAUUCCCAAUUCUUGCUCGGGAUUGGGUAAUUCGGGAUGGGGAAAGGUGGAGGCUGUGUUCCAAGCAAGAACAAACGCCCUGCCGUCGCUGAAGAUCACCAAGGCUCAUCUCUUGACGCGCCGAUCCCUGACGAGGAUAACGCCGAGAAUAAUGCGACUGCCGCAAUGGAUUCCACCUCACAGUUGAAGAUAUUCAUUGUGUUUUACUCGAUGUACGGUCACGUGGAGGGUUUAGCCAGGAGGAUGAAGAAGGGAGUCGACGGAGUGGAAGGCGUGCAGGCUGUUUUGUAUCGGGUGCCAGAGACGUUACUGGGUGAUGUGUUGGAGCACAUGAAGGCGCCAGCGAAGGACCCUGAGAUUCCGGAGAUAACGGCCGCGGAAUUGGCAGAUGCUAAUGGUGUUUUAUUUGGGUUUCCAACGAGGUACGGCUGCAUGGCUGCGCAGAUGAAGUCGUUUUUCGACUCUACUGGGCAGUUGUGGAAAGAGCAGAAGCUCGCCGGAAAGCCUGCUGGAUUCUUCGUCAGUACUGGGACACAAGGUGGCGGCCAAGAAACUACAGCAUGGACAGCAAUUACCCAGUUAGCUCACCAUGGAAUGCUAUUUGUUCCUGUUGGGUACACCUUUGGAGCUGGUAUGUUCAAGAUCGAUUCUAUACGAGGAGGCUCUCCAUAUGGUGCUGGUGUUUAUGCAGGUGAUGGCUUGAGAGAGCCAAGUGAAUCAGAGCUGGCACUUGCAGAACAUCAGGGCAAAUAUAUGGCCACAGUCGUAAAGAAGCUUGCUCAGGCUUGAUAAUGUUGUUCCCAAUCUUUGAAACACUUGUGGUCUCUUUUAUCUGGUCAUCUAUUUGAAUGCAUUUGUUUGUAAAUGGUCUUAUAUAUCAAAUAUGAGGAUUAUAAUCUUC